AAUACAAGUCUAGACCCGUUUUACACUCUUCAAGCUUCUUCCCGAAACCCCAAAAUCCCACGAAAUCAACUGCAGCCAAAUCCCCUUCCGAGCAAUAAGCAAACCAUGGUAUUAAGCUCCCAGAGCCAUGAGCUCCCCUUUAAUGAGAAUGACUCACAAGACAUGGUCAUAUAUCAGAUGAUCAACGAGGCCAGUGCCCCGAAUAAUAUACUUCCGAGAAGCCAAAUCAACACUUCAGGCAUGCUCCAACCAGCGAGGACAGUCAUAGCAAAGAAGCAUUACCGGGGCGUGAGGCGUCGGCCAUGGGGGAAAUAUGCUGCAGAAAUUCGUGACUCCAAAAGACACGGAGCUCGUAUAUGGCUAGGCACAUUCGAAACGGCGGAGGCGGCUGCCCUGGCUUAUGAUAGGGCUGCUUUUAACAUGCGUGGCUCUAAGGCCCUCCUUAAUUUUCCAGCUGAAGUGGUGGCUGCUAUAUCAACUCAAAACUGUCAGCCAAUUUUUAGCUCAACAAGGACGUCAAGUAAAAACGCUAUGGAUUCAUGCGGUAGCUCUAGCACAAUAACUAUUGCAACAUCACAAUCUGAAUCAGAGAGCAGCACAAGUGGGGAGUCACGCCGUCAGGGGUCGGAUAUCCUCGAGAAUUGAUUUCUCGCUUUUGCUUAAUUUUGUUGAGAUAGCGAGGGAAAUCUCUACCUGGAACGUUUUGAAUCGUUCUUUUUUCUUUCUUUAUUUUUUGUCUUGUUUUUUUUCUUCUUUUUAUCGUUUUUUGGGUUUUGUAUAUAAGAAGAUGUCAGUUUGUAUGGUUUUAGAGUGCAUCAAAUGCACAAAUAUAAUUGCAUCUUUAGAGUGUUA